AUGGGCACUCGCAUUGGCCCCAGUUUCGACGAUGAAGCCCGCCCAAGUCCUUCAAAUGCGGCCCUUGGGGGUGGCAAAACUACCUUCGUUUUGAUCGAGCCGUCCGGCGUUGAAGACAUUGGUGAUCUAGGAGUGCCCAAGCCCGCGCCCGCUCUCUGGAGAAGAGUCCAGACGUGCGUGAGGUCCAUGUUCAACAACUCUGCUGCUCCGCUAUGGGCCAAGGCCUCUGGUCACAGGCUCUGGCCCACGCCAUUUCUCGGCCGGAGACCACGAUUAUACAGAUUACUGGUCAGCCUCGUUAUCGCUUACCUCUCCGUCGUCGGCGCCGUCCAUGUCCUCGACAACCUGUUCGGCGCUUUCGAAGCAGCAGUACCAGCAUUUCCCGAUCACCUAGACAGGUUCGUCUACUCUGGGAUUCGGCCCGGUGAACUGUCGGCGUCAUCGUCAGAAUCACUGUCACAUUGGCCCACUGAUGCAACAGGCGACAUCCACCCCGUCAACUGUCACUCGCAUAACGACUACUGGCGGGCCGUGCCCCUGUACGAUGCCAUCUACGCCGGCUGCACGGGCGUGGAAGCGGACGUGUGGCUUGUCGACGAUAGACUCUUGGUCGGCCACCGCCGCUUAGCCUUGACUUCGAGUCGCACUCUCCAAGACCUAUAUCUGAACCCGCUGCUGGACCUGCUAGAGCAGCAAAACCCGCAGAUGCAGAUCGAACACCAUGCCCAGCCGAGGGCCAGGGCCAGGGACAUGGAUAGCAUGGAGAUGGAUGAGGACGGGGACGAGGACGAUCCCAUCCCCGGUACCGGCAUGUUGAACGGCGUCUUCGACGUCGACCCGACCCAGACGCUCGUCGUCCUCAUCGACUUCAAGACUUCGGGUCCCAGGCUCUGGGCGAAAUUGAACGACGAGCUGGGGCCCCUCCGCGAAAGGGGCUACCUGACUCAUUUCAACGGCUCCACCGUUGUUCGGAGACCCGUCACCGUGGUUGGGUCCGGGAACGCCCCAUUCGACCUGUUGAUCCAAAACGACACGUAUCGCGAUGUCUUCUUUGACGCGCCGCUGGAAGCCUUGGCCGACACUUCGUCCCUAUGGCCCAACCCGAACCGAGAGCAGGAUCCAACGAGGGCUUCUGCUCAUCGGGCCGGCAGUGGCAGUCAUGUUUCUUCUGAUUCAAGCCCGAAGCACGCCGGUCCUGAGCCUAGGACACCCACUUCCACAGAACAGAAGCAGCAAGGGCAACAGCAAGAGCAAGAGCAGCAUCAAAGCCGAAAUCGAAAUCAAAAUGGAAAUGGAAUCGGAAAUGGAAACCAAACCCUCGACCAAGGCGGAUCUGCCACAGCUGUUUCGGAGUCCACCCCGGUCUACGACCCGACGAACAGCUAUUACGCCAGCGUAUCCUUCACCCGCUCCAUCGGCCGCAUCUGGGGCUCGCGUCUGACGCAGUCCCAGCUCCAGCUCAUCCGGUCCCAGAUUCGGGGUGCCCAUCAGAGGGGUUUGAAAGUUCGGUAG